GGGGCCGGCGCGGCAAGCCUCUUGCGCCGGCGAUGCGCUCCCGUGGCGGCGGAUCGAAGAGGCGGCGGGCGGAUGAGGGUGCGGAACAGCCCGAUGCAGGCUCGCUGAGACCCGAGAUGGAGACGAGGUGCAGGGCAGGGAAGGAUUCUGCAAUGGCGCUGCCACUCGGCGCUUCGUGCUCGAAGAAGCGGCGGGCCGGCGGGGUUGCGGAGGGAGGCCGGGCCGAGGCGGCGCCCGAGAUGGUGGAGGACCGCAUCUCGGCGCUGCCCGAGGACCUGCGGCUGCGCAUCCUGGCCCUGCUCCCGCUCAACUCCGCCAUCCGCACGGGCGCGCUCUCCUCGCCAUGGUGCGCGCUCUGGGCGCGCCGCCCUCCCUCGACCUCCACCACCUCCCCCUCGACGACCCGGACCGGCUGCUCGAGUCGCUCGAGUGCCGCGGCUGGCGGCGCCUCGACCGCUUCGCCCUCACCAUCCACUUCGGCAGGUACAGGUUCCCCAGCCCCCACCGCUACCUCAGCGACAAGGACAUCCACCGCUGCCUCGACUACGCCGCCGCCUGCUGCGUCGAGGACCUCCACAUCGACAUGGACGAUCAUUUCAUGUGGACAUGCUCCAGCCUGAGCUUCCCGUCGGGGUUCUCCCGCCUUGUGCGCCUUUCCCUCCUCCGCGUCGGCAGUGUUUCCUUCGGCUACUCCCUCAGCCCCGAUGCCUUCCCAGCGCUCGAGGUUAUCCACCUCCGCGCCGCCCACUCGGUUAACCUCAACCACCUUAUUUGGGCGAGCCCCCGCCUUCGAACACUUGACUUGCGCUACUGCCAGUCCCUCGAUAACGCCAUCAACAUCAAGGCCGCGCGUGGUCACCUGUGGAGCAUUACCGUCGCGGAGUGUGGCCGUGUCAGGCACAUAUACGCCGGCACGGCGUCCGGCCUCAUCUCCCUCCGCCUCAGCAGUGCCUUACUCCCCACCUACGACAUCCUGUCCACUGCGCCGCUUGAAGACCUUUACAUCUGCCUACGGGGGCGCAACUACAAUCCUCUCAAACAAUGGAUUCAGGAGCUUCCCAACCUCACUAACCUCACAGUCCUCACCAUCUGCAGUGUCGCCCUCCGGAGAGUUUUUGCGUUGGCUCGUUUCGGCUCAGCUACUUGUUUGACCAAGUUGAGGAACUUGCCAAGCUUAAGAGAGCUGCAGCUGCUCAUGUUUGCAACGGCCAGCACCAAUCUCGCCCAUAUCUAUAUGUUUCUCAGGACGUGCCGGUGUCCCCAGCUAGAGAGGCUCUUUGUGCAGCUCCCAACAAGCAGCCAUGAUACUUCCGUCGGCAAUUCCUCGGAGGUAGUAGAGGAAGAUGAGCCAGCUGAAGUUUCUGAGGAAGAUCUGGAUCAAGUGCUAUCUAAGGAAGAUGAGGCAGAUGAAGAGCUAUCUGAGGAAGAUGAGGCAGAUGAAGAGCUAUCUGAGGAAGAUGAGACAGAGGAAGAGCUAUCUGAGGAAGAUGAGACAGAGGAAGAAUUAUUGAAAGAAGAACGGGUACAAGAAUAUAUGCUAGAGGAAAGGCUAUUAUACGAGGACGCGUAUGAGGAAGAUCCUCUUGAUGAAAAUGUGCCACAGGAAGAGCAAUCCGAGGAAGAUUUGCCAGAGUAUGGCUUAAAUAACCUUAUGAUUGCAAAGAUGAUGAAAUUCAGGGGCCACUACUUUGAGAUGCGACUCGUAAGCUUCUUGUUGAGGAAGGCUCCUGGUCUCAAGAAACUGCUACUGGUCGCUCCCAAGGGGCACAUAAAAGCACUUGGAAAAGGCACAUUGGAUAUAUCACACUUUAUAGAUUCAAAAUUGCCGCGUUCCAGGAAAGCUUCACCAGAUGCUCAGAUAAUUCUAAGCGAAACAGAUUUUGCUGCAAGCCAGCCAGUCCAUUCAGAUGUGUUUGCCAGGUUUUAGUUUUCUGUCAAUUAAAGUAUACCAGGUCACAGUUAAAAGCUUAUCCAGUAGUGUGCAUUGCAAAUGGGUUGGAUGUGCUUUUGGGUCAUUAUGUAUGAAAUAUAGAACAAGGAAGACUGAUAUUGCAGUGUGAGCUGCAGACCCAAUAUUGGUGUGGCAGUGCCUCACACCGUGAGGGGUCAGGGAGUUUUAUCUUUAAACGUUUUGUUUUGCUCCUUGAGCCUAUCAUUUUUUCAUAUUCGUUAAGUCACCUUUGUUUUCCUUUUGCAAGUCUGCUGUUCUUGAAGAAGAAGACGGCUAUUUAUAUGUGUACACUGUCCCUCGUGUUUGCUAAGAACAGACUGAUCGGAAUUCAGUACAGCAACUGGACAAGAGAAGUCCCAUAAAGUUACGUCAUUCAGAAUGCAUGAAUUUUCACCGACUAACAGGAAUUGAAUAUUUACUCUUAAGUUUCAUGCAUUUGGAGGAAGGAAAAUUCUAGUAUGUUAAGCUGGCUGAAGGAUGCUCUAGCAAACAUCUGCAUUAAUUAUUGGGGGUGGCUUCGCCGUCGCCGGCGAAUAUCAGAGCCAGAAACCAGGCCACCAGACCAAAAAUUCACAGCGGGGGUCAAUGAUGCUUCUGAAAAACUAAAAGCCCGGAAAAAGGAACAGAUGCUGCUGGGUUUUGUUCCUCAGGAAAAGGGAAUACUAACACAGCGAAGACGGACUGUACUGAUUAGGCAGCUGCGAAACAUGUAUUCUCGAUAUUCAGUAACACAACAGAACCGUGUACAAAAGGUACGGGAGGUGAAAGAAAGAUAUGCCAGAGCAGAUUCUAUAACCCACGAGGGGGUGCUUGAUCCAAUCUUUUAGCAUUGCAGUUUGAAGCGCCCUAGGUGUUCAACAAUCACCAUUUGCA